CUCUGUUUUAACUUCAAACACACCGCUAGACGUAGAUUUCUCCUCACACGUGUACUACUUUAAGAUUCCAUGGCCGGAAGAGGAAAAUCAAUUGGCUCUGGUGCCGCCAAGAAGGCUACAUCUCGUAGCAGCAAGGCCGGUCUGCAAUUCCCGGUCGGCCGUAUCGCCCGGUUCUUGAAAGCCGGCAAGUACGCCGAGCGAGUCGGUGCUGGCGCACCGGUCUACCUCGCCGCCGUCCUCGAAUAUCUCGCUGCUGAGGUGUUGGAAUUGGCUGGGAACGCUGCUCGGGAUAACAAGAAGACGAGGAUUGUGCCGAGGCACAUCCAGUUGGCCGUCAGGAACGACGAGGAGCUGAGCAAGCUGCUCGGUUCCGUCACCAUCGCUAACGGCGGCGUUAUGCCCAACAUCCACAACAUGCUCUUGCCUAAGAAAACUGGCACGGGAAAAUCUGGCCCCUCUGACGACUAGAAGAGUAACCGAGCUUCUCUCAAUUCCCUUUUGUAAAAAAGUAAGAUGGAAAAUAGAGUGAUUUAGGGAGGUUAGCUGAUCUGUUGGAUUGUUGUUAUGAAUUUUAUAUUCGAUCUACUUAAAGAAACAAAUUGUGUUCCAAUCGUUUAUUUAUUUUCUUAUCCAACUAUUAUAUCAAA